AUGAGCCGAUUCUCCGGUACCUCUCCUUCAUCGUAUCCGAUCAUGGACCACGCAGCUGCGACCCUGCCUGGCAUGCCUGCGCACCUUGACAUGGAUGCUGCCAAUUCGCUGCCUCAGGGUUCAUCGACGUCCAGAGGGCGGUCCGCUUCCUCCGACUCUUCUAGCACUUCGGCUAGCUCGUCGAUGUCCUCCCAACUCUUGAGCCCUGGCUCAUCAUGCACCGAGCUCAGCACGCCAACUAUGCCAAAUUUCAGCAGCAAAGCGAUGCGGCCCACAGAGCCGACCAUCGUCAGCAACUUGUCUGCUCCGCCCAUCUUUGCUAUGGACAAUAUCACAUCUGAGAACGUCAUGACAGAUGCGGCUUUCUGCAUGACAGCGGUUCCGCUCUCUGACGUCUAUGCACCUCUCGAAUCAAGCUUUCUUCGAGAUCCCUUCGCGAUGCCUCCGUCGCAGCCGCUGACUUACCCUGGUCUGGCUGGAUCCUCCAAUUCGCUGCGCAACAUUGGUCUCAAGAUGGUGGGAAUGCAUGCGGAUCCCUUUCUCAUGAGCCAGUCGCUACCUAGCCCCGCGCUGCCUGUCGGCAAACCCUCGAGCCUGCCCGCCGGUACCUUGUUUGGUUCCCUCUUCGAGCCACGAUUCUCACAAGAAAGCCAGUCGCAACCCUCUGCCUCCUUCGAGAAUCUGCUUCGUAUCAACCCGCAGCCGUCGACGCAUUCUAGUGCGAGUGGCGAGGUCGACAUCGUCGAGCCAGUCCUCUCCCCGUCUUCAGCCAUGGAACCGGAAGCUGCCUCCUUGUCCCUACUAGCAGACGGGGCUCACGUGUCCGUCGAUACGGAGGCAAGUCAAUGUGCCUCUUUGCAUUUGGACCAAGUCAUUGCGAAACACGCUCAUGCCGUCAGCUCUCGCGGCGCAGCGCAUUCCAUCGCCAUCACGUCGAGACCUUUUGCGCUUGUCGUCGAGCUCAUCGGAUCACAAUUCGGUCUGACAGGCAGAGGUCAGGAGCUUCCAAAGCUCUUGUCGCGCCUGCAACUUCACGGAAAGCUCGAUGCGCAAACAGAGACGAGCAAAGGACUUGUGUUUGACGCAGCAAUCAACUGGGACACGAUGGGCUCCAACAUGCUUCCCACCACCGAGCAGCUUCUGUACCCACACCGCGCUUUCAUCGAUGCCUGCCUUCCCUGGCCUGCGGUCCGAACACGUCUACUCAAGCACGCUCUCACCAAUCCAGUAUGCGAAGAGGAGUUCGCCCUCGAUCUGCUGCUGUCCAUCUUGUCCCCCGACGAAGCUCUGUCCUCUGCGAGAGUGUAUGGCGACGACGUGCUCGAUCCGGAGGCAUGGGAGCUCAGCGAGAGGAUGUGGACGAAAUGGUGGGGAUUGUUCGACGAUUCGAUCAUUCGCAGGACCAACUGGUGGCGGAGGCAACGUGGCCUCGGAUGCCUUGUCUACCCUCAAUCUACCUACGCAGGCAACGACUCCGUGCGCCAAGGGUUGGGGACAGGCUCUCUAGACGAGGUUUAUCGUCUCGCCACCACCCACUUGCCAUGA